CAUUCUCUCUCUCUCUCUCUCUGUCUCUCUCUCUCUCUACUCUUAACCUUUUCUCGCUUUAUAUUUGCUAGUUCUUUGGAAGAGAGAGUGGAAACAACAAGAAUGGCAUACUCUAGCGCAGUGUUGGUGUUGAUGUUCGCUAUGGUGGUCGGAGCUGUAUUCGCUCAGGCUCCGGGUGCAUCACCGGCGAAGUCUCCAGUAGCAUCGCCUCCGAAGGCGGUGGCGACUCCUUCUCCAACUCCGUCUCCCUCCAUGAAGCCACCGACCUCCGCUCCUACUUCCGCCCCUACCACCGCACCACCGACCUCUGCUCCAGUUGCUCCUCGCAUCGCUCCCGCCUCCGCUCCUUCCGGCAGCGCUGUUCCUCCAUCCACGAUCUCAGCUCCCGGCCAGUCUCCUUCGUCUACUCCUUCUAGCACCGCCGCUUUGAACAGAGUCACUCUCAUCGGAUCCGCUGCGGUUGUCUUCUUUGCCGCGACCUUAUUGAUUUAGAUCCGAUCUGGAGUUUACUCAUUUUGCCGGAGUUUAAGAUUUAGCAUUUUUUUUUAAUGUAGAUAUUAUAAUGUUCAAUUUCAUUCAAUUUAUUUUUUGAUUGA